GCACACAAGCAGCGCAUUCAUUCACUACGGAUCUGUCUGAGUGACUACACCUUGCAAGAGUUUUAUCGCUCUAUCAAACUACUAAUGUUUUGAUGUUUUUCCUGUCGUGCGUCCCAGCUCUUUUGGUUGCAUCCCAUUGAGUUUUGCACGUUUUUCCAUUUUGUACUUCUUUUUUGUUGUUGAUUUUUGUUACUUACCAGAGUUGUGCACUGACUGGUCUUAUUUGCAAGCUAUCUUCGCUCUCUCCUGCACCGCCAAAACAUGGAUUUGCUUUGGAUAGCGGGCUGCCUCCUGAGCAUUUGUGCGUGGUGUGCGUCUACGGAGCGGCACAGCGUCUAUUGGAACAGCACCAACCCAAAGUUUGUAUGGGACGACUAUGCAGUAGAGGUGCGAUUAAACGACUAUCUGGACAUCGUGUGCCCCCACUAUCCUGAGGGGGAGGUGCCUCAGGUGGAUGCGGAGCGAUACGUCCUUUACAUGGUGGAGCGCGAGGACUACGACACCUGCAAACCCCAGUCCUACGACCAGAUGAGGUGGGAGUGCGGACACCCCUUCGCCCCGCACGCUCCGGAGAAGUUCUCUGAGAAGUUUCAACGCUUCACGCCGUUCACGCUGGGGAAAGAGUUUCGCCAAGGAGAAAGCUACUAUUAUAUCUCCAAACCUUUGCAUCACCAUGGACAGGACUGCCUACGACUCCGGGUGGAUGUGGUGGCAGCAGACGGCUCUAAAGAGGCUCGUGUGGCCAAAGCAGGUCCAGGCGGGACAGCAGCGGCCGGGGCGGGGGGUGGAGUUCACAACCCAUCCAACAGACUGCCAGCAGCAGACGACCCUGUGGUGAUCUUCCCCGAUGUCCAGAAAAGUGUGAGGACAAACUCAGCCAUCACAACGACGUCGCUCUCGAUCUUCUCCUUACUCGUCCCCUUUUCAUUAUUGCUCCUAUUACACUGAGCAGAGACAAUGAGACUGCUGUUUACAGACGCUUUCAGGGACUUACAGUGAAGACAUGAAGUCCGUAGGGGAUCUAACCACUGACUUAAAACUAGAAAAAAAAACAAGAUGGCGGUUUUGCCUUGCCCAGUGCUGGCCACAUGGACCAAGAAGACACGGAGGUUGUAACGUUACAGUUGUGGAGAAUACAUGAGAAAACAAGGCCUGUCUUGCGAAAGUGACAGUAUUUUCUUGGAAGAUUUUCGGAUUUCCAAGAUGGCCGAUGAACAAUCAACUUAUUCUGGUUUGAAUACAAAACCAGUUAACGGUUCCACCCUUGUGCAUUGUGUACUUUUGGUUGUAUUGUUCUCGUAAAAGUAUUGAAAACUCCCUGUGUUUUCUAAAUGUAGCAAGGGGAUGUUGUCAUUCUACCUUUGCUGUAGCACUCCACUGCACAGAUCAAACUCCUCAUUGCUACGGUGACGUCAAACGCUUUGUGCCACAUGGCGUUUUUGUGUACAUUUCUGUGAAGAUAAUUUAUGACAGCUGUUUUACUGUAAAUACUAAGUAAGUUCUCUCAAAAUGUUUACUAGUUUUCCUCCCUUGUAUAUGUGUGCAAGGAGGAAAAAUGUGGCGUGGUUUGUUUUGCUGCCAAAAAAAGCAAAUACGGACUUGUUGUGAGAGGCGGGACUUCUCAGAUUGCUGGAUUUUUGCCACUUUUUCUGCAUAAAAUGUCAAAAAGAAACUGUUCAUGGAUGAUCUUGAAGCUAACCCUUGUGUGCGAUGGUGCUCUCCGAAUCAUUUUUGUUCACAAAUUCAAGCAAAAUCACUUAAAAAAAAAAAGACUAUAUUUGGACGCGGCUUCCAAGUUGCCAAGCACACACCACACUGACAGACAGAAGCACAACAGUGUAUGACUACCAUUUUGUAAAACCAUGAAUUCUUGUUACUUAUUUUGUACAUGUGUAAUUAAAAUUGUAUAUUAUGUACAUAGCCUACAUAAGAUUAUAUAAAACUGUUUGAGAAAUAUGCUAAAUGUGAAAUUUUCAUGUGAAAUAAAAGAUAUUUUUGGAAACUC